CUUGGUAGCUAACAUUUCCCCCCAAAAAAACUUUCCUUGCUUGGUUUAUAUUUUCCACGAGUGAUGCUGAAGUAGUUCCAGUGCUGGAUGGAUGAUUUACCUAGUUGGUUUGACAACAAUCUCUUCCAGAUUGUCGCCGCCAUUGUGGCGGCCUUUCUGGUAUUGGUGGUCAUCCGCACGACCACCGAACUUUGCGAUGCAUGUGCGGAUGAGGAAUUGGGGGCACAGAAUGAAAGAAGUGGUGGAAGAAAUCCGGAUUCUAGGAGAGAUCAUCUUGCAGAAGGCACUCACUAUCAAGUGGCGGAAUGCGGUCCUCGCGUCUCUCAGCAAUCCUUUGACUACGACUGGGUUCGGGGACCACACACGUGGAAUGCGCCAAUGAACAACCAGAGCCCCAUCAACAUAGAUGUGCGAUGCUUGGAGACAAACUGCUUUGACACACCUCUGACUUGGUCCUUGUACGAUGUCAUGCCUCUGGGCAUCCGCUUGGAGAAUAAUGGGCAUACUCUCGUCCUGCGAGCUGCUUUCGAGGGACAAACGCCUUCCAUCUAUGGUGCAGACUUGCUAGGCCGCUUCCACCUUUGGGAGAUCACCUUUCGCUGGAGCUGGUUUAGUUCGAACGGAUCGGAGCACUCGAUCGAUAAUCGCCACAGCGCCCUGGAGAUGCAGUGCCUCCACACGGAUGCCGACAGCCAGCACUGCGCUUCGUCACAGGGCAUACUCGUGAUAUCCUACCUGUUCGAUCUGUCCGAGGAUAAUCCGUUCCUGGACGUGCUCGUCCAGCAUCUUGUGGCCGUGCAGCAAGCCGGUCAGACGGUGGAGAUUCCUCCCUUUCCACUCACUUACCUGAUGCCCGCCUUUCACAACGAGUUCUAUAGCUACCAUGGAUCACUAACUGAGCCACCGUGCCACCGCGGGGCAGAGUGGUUCAUCCAACCAGUGACCCUGGCCAUUAGUGAACGCCAAUUGAAUGAGUUCCGCCAGCUGAGAGACAGACGCGGAGGACGUAUUGGAAAAAAUGCAAGACCCGUUCAGCCACUCGAAGAUCGAACGGUUUACAUGAAUCAAUAUAGCUAUUGAUCGUUGGUUGUUCAAUCCUAAAAUUUAUAGAAAAGUUUCAUAAGUCCUUAUGUACAAGUAUUUGUGUAGUUUAUCAAGAACAUAUCCAUCCAGCA